GCAUCCAAUCAGAGCACUGGGCUGUUUUCUUACACGUUGCACUGUUAAGUAGUUCAAUUCUACAUUUAAAAGUUCCAGGCAAGUUUAGGAAAGGACAUCUUUGCCGGAGAAGGAAGUAUUGAUGACAUAACUUUUUUCCAAACACAUGCAGGUUGGGAAAAUAAAUAUUUAGAGUACUGGACGCUGAAUGACAGAGGGAAGCUACCUGUAACGCAAACGGUGGGCUACUUAAUCUGAUUAUGUCGUCGCGAAAACGCUCAUCUGGGGUCCCUACGUGGGAAGGAAGAAUGCGCUUUCUGCUAUGCUUUGUAGGACUCGUUUUAUCCGUGUACGCUCUACACGUCGAGCUAUCAAAAGAGAACAACCCGGAGUACAGAGCAAUGUGUGACCUCGCGGAUUCCGUUAGCUGCUCCAAAGUCUUUACUUCCAGAUGGGGACGUGGUUUUGGGUUGGUCCAGUUGUUUGUUCCAGCUGACAGUGUACUGAAUCAGCCAAACAGUGUGUUAGGCAUCCUAUUCUACACACUGCAGCUGGGUUUAGGCCAGUUUGUGUCUAAUAGAUCAGCGCUCCUCCUUGUGAUCUCUUCUUGGGUUUCCGUGGCUGGUUCUGUGUAUCUUGCUGGUAUUCUAGUCCUGGUUUUAGGAGAUUUUUGUGUGGUUUGUGUUUCAACUUAUGUUGUCAACUUCGCUCUACUUUACACCAACAUGAAACGAAGAUAUGGAUUGGAAGCUGGAAAAGAGAAGGAGAAAACUGGAUGAGAAACCCAAUACCCUUUCUUGAAGUUGCUGAAAUUAGUAUGAGUGCUGUGUGUGUGUGUGUGUGUGUGUGUGUGUGUGUGUGUGUGUGUGUGUGUGUGUGUGUGUGUGUGUGUGUG